AACGCUCAAUCCAUGUCAGAUAUUUGGUAUUGUGAAAAAUUAUUUUAUUAAAGUGCAAGAUAGGGUAGGAAAAUUGCACUUUAAACUUCACAACCGGAUCUCAAUCGUACUUUGUAUAUCUAAUUACGCUUCAACGGUUCAGUCAAGAGAGACAUGGCCUCUUAUAAGUAAAAAUUAAUUUAUUCAGACGAUCCUUUACUGAAGAAUCAUGAAUUAUUAUGUGGGCGUUGAUGUGGGUACGGGUAGCGCACGUGCGGGUUUGUUUUCUUCCGAUGGAAAACUAUACAAAAUAGCCGUUCAUCCCAUUGAAAUAUUCAAUCCUCAGGCUGGCUUUUACGAACAGUGUUCUGAAAAUAUUUGGAAUGCUGUAUGUCAUGUAGUAAAGAAAGUGGUUGAUGAAAUACCUAGUGAGAAUAUCAAGGGAAUUGGUUUCUGUGCUACCUGCUCCUUGGUUGCUUUGGAUGAAACUGGUUUACCAGUAACUGUAAGCCCAUCAGGGAAAGAUGAACAAAAUAUAAUAUUAUGGAUGGAUCAUAGAGCAGAAGCAGAAGCAAACUUUAUCAAUGAAACGCGGCACGAGAUGCUGCGUUGCGUAGGUGGUAAAAUAUCUUUGGAAAUGGAAACUCCGAAGAUGAUGUGGCUUAAAAAAAAUUUAACUGCCUCUUGGUCCAGAGCAAAAUUGCUUUUCGAUCUGCCUGACUUUUUGACUUGGCGUGCGACGAAUUCAGAAUCGAGAUCAUUGUGUUCCUUAGUAUGCAAAUGGAAUUACAAAGCUGGACCGGAUCCUAAAAGUAAUGGAUGGAAUCUUGAUUUUUUUGAGAGACUAGGUCUAUCGGAUCUCAGUGACGAUAAUUGGAAAAGAAUAGGUAUCGAUGUAAAGGCACCUGGUGAUCCAGUUGGUUCUGGACUAUCAAUUAAAGCUGCAAGGGAACUAAAUCUUCUACCUGGAACUGCAGUGGGUGCAUCAAUUAUUGAUGCUCAUGCUGGAGGACUUGGAAUGGUGGGUUGUUCUGCACCUGGUAUUUCGAGCGACCUCACUAAUAGACUAGGAUUAAUCUGUGGAACUUCCACAUGUCACAUGGUGGUUAGUGCGAAAGAAAUAUUUGUCGACGGUGUAUGGGGUCCAUAUUACAGUGCAAUGGUUCCUGGCUUCUGGCUUAACGAAGGAGGUCAAAGCGCGACAGGGAAAUUACUGGAUCACAUUAUAGACACGCACCCUGCUACUCAGUCCAUACGUAACAAAAUUGACAAGAAAACUCACGUACAAGGAUAUCUGUCCCAAUUGCUAGAAGCAAUGGCAAAGAAGAAAAAUCUAUCAGACGUUGCUGUUUUAACAAAAAAUUUACAUGUUUGGCCAGACUUUCAUGGCAAUCGAUCCCCACUGGCUGAACCCAGCCUUCAAGGAAUGAUUUCUGGACUCUCUUUAUCAACCGAUGAAGAAAAUCUAGCAACCCUGUACUUGGCUACGGUACAGGCAUUAACAUAUGGCACUAAACAUAUUCUGGAAGUACUUACCACAGCUGGUCAUGAAAUCAAUACUAUUCUUAUAUGUGGUGGUCUCAGCCAAAAUCCAUUAUUCGUGCAGACACAGGCUGAUGUCCUUGGAUUGCCUGUCCUUCUGCCCCAUCAACGAGAAUCUGUCCUGGUUGGUUCAGCCAUUCUUGGUGCCUGUGCUGCUGGUGCAUUUCCUUCGAUGCAUGAUGCAAUUCAGUCAAUGAAUGGUGCUGCGACUGUUGUGACUCCUAGAAAAUUAUUAUAUGAACACCAUGAGAGGAAGUACAAGGUUUUUAAAAAAAUGGUACAGGACCAAAAGGAAUAUGAAAAAUUGAUGAGCAACUAAGUUUAACUGUUUUUUAUCUGUGAAAUACCCAUCGAAAUUUCGCGUUUUUUUAUUCCAAUAUAAAUGUAAUAAAUGUAUAAAAUACAUAUCAAUUUCCAAUGAA